AGUUGAAUUAAACGAUUGACAGCCACGGACUUGAUCACUCCAAAUUCGCCCCAUUCAAACGUUUCGGAUUUUGGUUAUAAACUGGAAGUGCGGAGACAAGGUUUCUGCCAAAGGCUGCGCUCCCUCUAUGUUUAGAGCCUUUGGCACAGUCCGUACUAACGCGUGCAGGCCGGGUUUCGAUCUGAGAUACGCGAGUUUUCAAUGGAGAGAGAUGGGGACCUUGGUGCCUAACGCGCGUCCGGGAUGUGCGCGGAGCCGAUGAAUCUGCAGAGGUGGCACACGCGCCCAAUUAAAAAGGAUACGCAAUCUGCUGCAACGAGUGAAAGAAAGCGCUGAAGUAAAAGUAAAAGCCGAUGAACCGAGGACGUACAGUUAUUAACAGCGACAAUGACUCAAGAUGAGAUGGAGAUGCAGCAGCGUGUCCAGCACUCUCGCGGGCUGAAACUAUGGAGCGGACUGAGGCAGCAGUGGAGGCUCUUGGGUCUUUUCGAGAUUGACCAGCAGCACCCCUUCCACAGCCUCACCUGCAUGAUGAAGGAGGGCCUUUCUGCCGCCGUGCAGAACAGCAUCGACAACCCGCCCCCGAAUGAACUGACUGAAGAGGAUUUUAAACAGGAGGUUACUCAAAUACACAAGGGAUUCAUGAUGCAGUCAUUUGCAGGCCCGGUGUUUGCCAGUCUGAGGCGUUCUCUCGGUCUGACAGAGAAAGAGUAUCAGAGCUCUCUCUCCUGCACCGGCUGCUACCUGCAGUUUAUCAGCAACUCAAAGAGCAAGGCUGACUUCUUCUUAACUAAUGACAAGCGGUUCUUCCUGAAGACACAGAGCGAGCAGGAGAUAAAGUUCCUUCUGUCACACCUGAGGGUCUACAUGGAACACCUGGAGAAAUACCCUCACUCCCUGCUUGUCAAGUUCCUGGGUGUCCACAGGAUUAAAAUUCCGCGGAGAAGGCAGAAGUACUUCAUUAUCAUGCAGAGCGUUUUCUACCCUGAUGAGAGGAUUGAGGAUCGAUAUGACAUCAAAGGCUGUGAGGUGAACCGCUGGACUGACCCUGCCCCUGAGGGAAGUCAGGUGAUCAUGGUUCUGAAGGACAUGAACUUUGAGGGCCAGUUCAUCACUCUGGGCCGUGAGUGCUCCUGGCUGCUUCGCCAGGUGGAGAUCGACACAGCCUUCCUGCAGGAGCUCAACGUGCUGGACUACAGCCUGCUGCUGGCCCAUCAGCCCCUGCACCAGGAUGAACGCAGCCAGAGCCUCUCUUUUGCCACCCUCAUCAUGCGCACCACCAAGUCCUGGUCUCUCUCCAACACAAGACGACCGGCAAGCAGGCCGGGGAGUACGGGCUCAAGCCCCGCCCACACGGGUCCAGAGGAAGACUCCGCCCUGCUUACGUCCAAGGCCUCGCCUGUCUACGGAACGGACCGCAGGCAGGACGCGGGCCCCGGGUCGGGGUCCCCCGAUUCGCCGGGACCUCUGGACUUCCACGCGCAGAACCGCCGGCUUUUGCCCAGCUUCCGGAACCCGCUGCACGUGAUCGACGGGCCGGACCGGCGCUACUUUGUGGGGAUCGUGGACGUGUUCACGGUGUACGGCCUGAGGAAACGGCUGGAGCGCCUGUGGAAGAGCCUCCGCCACCCGGGCCGCUCCGUCUCCACCGUCAGCCCCCCCGCUUACGCCCACAGACUCAGCCAAUGGGUGCACAGCCACGUUCGGUAGGGCGGGGCUGGGAGACGGGGAGAGGGGAUUGGGUGCGAGACGUGGACCAGGGGGGGUGGGGCAAAGUCACAGGUGCCACACGUGAUUGGUGCAGGGGACUGCUCACACAUCUCCAAGGGCUUCAUUUAGGAACUGAGAAAAUGUCAGCCUGGCAGUUCUUCUAUUGUAUUUUCUCAGUUGCCCUUAGUAAUCAGCAAUGGAUUAUGAGGUUUUGUGUGUAUGUGAGGUCGGUGGUUAGUGAAUUAUCCCUGCUUUUGUGACAGGAAGUGCCAUUCACACUCUGUUGUCACACUGGGGUGUGGUUUGAGUGCUGCAUGCACUCACUGGACUGUCUGCAAGUACAUUGACUCAAAGGCAAAGACAUUUCAGCUUGAAUGAUGUUUAACUGCAGCUGUGGAUCACAUAUAUGGGUGUAAUACAUUGAGGAAAAAAAUGCAUUUUUUUUCACCUAGAAUAGUAAAAAUAAUAUUGGUAAUAAGAAAUUCCUUAGCCCUUAAUAAUAAUUUUCCUUUCCUUGUAAGCUAAAAAAUAACAUUGUUUUCUGUGCUCAAUGUUGGCUUAGGGUGUUCAGGUGAGCUACACAAACUCUGUCCAUUUGCAUUUGUGGAUUUUGGACCAGAGUGCAUCAUAUCAACAGCCUAUUGACAGAAUAAUAGCAAUAAAUAUGGUGAUGAUGUCAUCAACAAUAAAAAUUUAAUUGA